UGCGUGCCUUAUCUCAUCGCCGACGCCACUCCUCUCCUUCUUUUAUCCAGAUCGCCAAUUCCUCCGCUCAUCCUAAUCCAGCGCUGGUCCUCUUCUUCUUCUCUCACCAUCCAAUCUAGCCAAGAGCCGCACGUGCGCAGGGCCGUGGUGGCUGGCCAGUGCAGCACCCCCUAAUCGGCGAUGAACCCAGAGGCCGCCAUGGCUGGCGCCUUGGAGCUCCUCUGCCUCGUCCUGAUCUGGCCGUCCGCCCCAGUCAUCGGCCCCGUGCUCCGGAUCAGGCCAGAAGCCUCGCCUACGACCUGAUUCAGACUGCCUAGCCUUCGCCACCUGCGCCGUGCCCCAGAGGUUCGGCCGAUCCCGCGUCGCUCAUUCUCGCUUCUUCCACUGCUCGCGGCUCGCGUUGACUGCGAGAGGCCACAUGCCUCGUCCAACCACAUCCUCUCACUGCCUUGCUCCUCCACCACCACUCCUCUCCCUUCUUCCUCCCCUCCCUGCCAGCCAGGGCACUCUCCCUCUCCCGCCUCCGUUCGCCGCAGGUGAGUGCAUGGCUACGGGUGUCUGGCCAGCAGCAACAGCUGCGGCAGUUCCGCGCCCGGAGAAGCCGCGCGCUGGGCGAUGUGGAGGAGGACGACAUGCUGCUUCCUCAUUCGGGCGUCCUCCUCUGCGCCGUCGAGAGACGGCCAUGGCCGCCCGAUGCCCGAGCGCCGCCGGCCAAGGAUCCGCCGGCGUCCAGACCCCCUCCACGCCAUCCCCAUCUCGCCGGAGACCUACACCAAGUCACAUCCAGCGCUCGCACCACCCUUCGGGCCCUGCCCCGCAGCUCUGCAGCCCGAGCGCUUCGGCCGCCUCGCACCCGAAGCAGAGGAGAGGAGCUCCCUACCACGAGCCUCUCCAGCCCCGGCAAACCAGCAGGCCGACCCCGCCUCCUUCUCACUUCCCUCCUCCUUCCUUUUUUUCCGCCGGGACGCAUCACCCCUUCCUUGGCUUCUGCGGAGUGGAAGCCGGCGGCAAGCUGCGGCCCGUGCCCGGCGGUGGAGAAGGCAAACGGGGUAGAAUUGUAACUAAUGCAGGGGCGUUUAUGUAAAUACGAAGUGUUUUCUCACGUACCACUUAAAAUAGGACUGCGGAUUGAAUUCUAAAAAAGGAAGGGGCUUUUAUGCAAAAGUGCAGACGACGUACAACCAGAAGCAAUCGCUGGUUUAUUAGUAGGUAGAGAUAGAGAUUUGCCCAGGCAAGACAAGGAUUCCAACAUCAAGAGACGGACAGUCGGACGGUCAAAAAUUGUAAGGCAGUCCAUGAGGGAGGAAGCUUGACGGGCCGUCCUGCUAUGUUGCUCACUUCUAAUUUUCAGUAAAAACAAAUGCAGCGCCCUGACGGACAAAUGACUGAUGUAAAGAUGAGAUGGAAGCUUUGACAACCUCUUUCUA